GGUGUUAAAUAUCUUGUUGAUUUACUUAAUUUAAAACAAAUAGCCGUCAUACUUGUUGAAGACUUGGCAAUAUCGUGGAAAUAUAUACUGGUGGCUUUCGGUUUAGCUGCAAUUGUAUCGUUUUUAUGGAUUGUAUUAAUGCGUUGGUUGGCAACACCACUUGUUUGGCUCGGUAUAAUAGGAUUUAUUGUUCUAUUAGCUGUUAUAACUGGUUUAGCAUUUUUUGAAUUUGUUCAACUUCGUGAAAAGAAUGAUAAUCAAAUAAUAAAAGAAUUUAAAUUUGUUGCUGAUGCUAAUUAUUAUCGAAGUUUAUCAAUAACAUGGUUAAUUAUUGGAAUUUUAUCUGGUAUUCUUUUACUCAUAGCAGUUCUUAUUGUUCUUGUUUUAUUUAAACGUCUUCGAAUAGCAUUAACUAUUCUUCAAGAAGCAUCAACAGCUGUUGCAUAUAAUUUUUUUAUUCUUUUCUGGCCAUUUAUACCGUUGAUAUUACAUAUUGGAAUAUUUGCUUAUUGGGUAGCUAUCACUAUAUAUUUAGCAACGGCAAGAAAACCAAUUUAUCGAAUAACAGGUAGUCAAUCAGAUGCUGAUUCAAUGGAUCUAACAAUCGGUCAAAUAUGUGAUCCAAAAAAAUGGAAUAAUAAUGCUGGAAUGAAUGUUGAAUGUAUGUUUUCGGAGUAUGGAUAUGAUCCACAAGUUGAUUUGGAUAAUAUUCUUAAUGGUACUGGUAAACAUUUUAAAUCUUUUAUUAGUUUUGUCAAUCAAAAUCAAUGGCUUCCACAAGUAUUUUCUGUUUUUAUGUUUUUUUGGUUAACAGCUUUUACAAUUGGCUUAAGUGAAUUAGUUCUCGCUGGUGUUUAUGCACGUUAUUAUUGGGAUAAAAGACGAUUUGGUAUUCCACGUUCAUCAUUAGGUGUAUCUUUCUUUCGUGCAAUUGUAUUUCAUCUUGGUACAAUUGCAUUUGGUUCAUUAAUAAUAGCAAUUGUUAAGUUAAUUCGUGUGUUAUUAGAAUAUGUCGAGAAAAAAGUUAAAGAUAA